CGGCAACGGUUCCGAAAAACAUCAUCUUCCAGCUUCUCUUGGUUCUCCGAUGUUACGCUAUUGGCGGCCAUUCACAGGGUUUUGAGUCACCGAACUAAUUGUUUGAGAAGAGCAUCACAGGGUGAUGCAUUGCCGUGAGAGUACAUACAUAUAUUGACCCUCUCGCCGUUCCAACGUUGAUGACAAUUCUGAGCAAUCAUCGCGUAUAAGCCUCUGCAGCAGGCCCCAAAUAAAAAUCAUCUGGACACACAAACUACCAGACUUACUCAAUUCAUUUCACUCUGCUUCAAGAUGACGGAAACCGUUCGAGUUGUGGUCGACUCUCUCAUCGCUGCUGGAGUAGAGUACGUCUUUGGUGUUCCCGGAGCCAAGAUCGAUUCCCUCUUCAAUGAGCUGCUCGACCACCCAAAGAUCAAGCUGGUUGUCUGCCGCCACGAGCAAAAUGCUGCGUUCAUGGCAGCAGCUGUAGGGAGGCUGACUGGUCGACCAGGUGUCUGUAUUGCCACCUCGGGACCAGGCACGAGCAACUUGGUGACGGGAUUAGUGACAGCCAACGACGAAGGAUACCCAGUCGUCGCCAUCGUUGGGAGUGUCAAGCGAGCACAGGCAUUGAAGCGCACGCAUCAGAGUCUUCGAGGCGUUGAGCUUCUCACGCCAGUCACCAAGAAAUCUGCCGCAGCAGUUGUCGAGAAUCAGAUUGCUGAAAUCAUACUUGACGCUUUCCGAGCUGCCAGCUCGUUCCCGCGAGGAGCAACAUCUGUGACUCUACCUGCCGACAUCAUGCUAGCAUCAGUGAGCAAAACGACUGUAGCGGCGUUCCCAUCCUCAGCCUACCUCCCUCCCAGCUAUGGCACCGCUGCGGAUGAGGUCCUCGAUCAAGCUGCAGCUCGAAUCAGCGCUGCCAAAGCUCCUGUCUUGUUCUUGGGGCAACGGGCAAUUGACGAAGACAUCGUUGCAAGCAUCCACAAGUUUCUUCGAAAACAUCCGGUUCCUGUCAUUGAGACGUUUCAAGCAGCAGGCGCCAUCUCCAAAGAGCUCAAGCACCUCUUUUACGGCCGCGUGGGGUUGUUUCACAACCAACCAGGCGACAAGCUCCUUGGCGAAGCAGACUUGGUUGUCACCAUUGGCUAUGAUCAGGCUGAAUACGAUGCCGACCAGUGGAAUACAGACUGUCGCCUGGACAUAUUGCACUUGGAUUUCGUUCAAGCAGACCAUGUAGAAUGCUACUCGCCGAAGUUAGAGGUCAUUGGAUCGCUGACUGCAAACAUUGACGCCAUUGCUGAUCGAGUCACUGAGGUGGCUCGAUUGCAAGAUACAGCCGCCGGCAAGAGGAUUGUCGCAGAGCAGCAGGAUUGGCAGUCUUCCGAAGCUGCACUUGCGAAAACCGAUGGCCCAGUCCAACCUUUGUACUUUAUUCGUCUAUUACAAAGCUUGAUCGAUGAGGAGACUGUCGUAACCUGCGACGUUGGCAGUAUAUAUGUCUACUUCUCACGCUAUUUUUACUCUUACAAGCCAAAAACCUUUUUGACCUCAAAUGUCCAGCAGACUCUAGGAGUUGGUCUUCCCUGGGCCAUCGGCGCGUCAUUAUGCCAGAAGCCAACGCCAUGCUCUAAAAAGGUAGUAAGCAUUAGUGGCGAUGGCGGAUUCAUGUUCAGUUCACAAGAGCUGUCCACGGCCGUGCAACUUGGAUGCAAUAUUACGCACUUUAUAUGGAACGACGGCAAGUACAACAUGGUUGAAUUCCAAGAGGUGGACAAAUAUGGGCGAAGUGCUGGCAUCGACCUCGGCGGCGUUGAUUUUGUCAAGUUUGCCGAGUCCUUUGGGGCCAAGGGGCUUCGCGCCAACAACUCGAAAGAACUGGAUGAUGUGGUUAAAGAAGCCUUGAGCUAUGACGGAGUCUGCAUUGUCGAUGUGACAAUUGACUACUCAAAGAAUCACGACUUGAUGAAGCAGAUUACCGCAGAGAAUGUUAACUAAGCAUGCAUACCGGGUUACUGGGCAGAGACAAGGGCAGAAACAACAUACACAUUUUCGGUUGUAUUUAGUGCAUGAGUUUUAAAAUAUGGGAAAGUCUAUAACAAAAAGUCUCUUCAAAGGAUAUAGUGCUGCAGAAGUACGCGAUCUUCCCGAAAAAUUGAAUUGUCAUAGACUUAUGGGAUGGGCGUCAGAU